GGAGGCAAGAUGGACGCGGGGUUCUUCCGCGGAACAAGUGCAGAACAGGACAAUCGCUUCAGCAACAAGCAGAAGAAGCUGUUGAAGCAGCUGAAAUUUGCAGAAUGCUUAGAAAAGAAGGUGGACAUGAGCAAAGUAAAUCUGGAAGUAAUCAAACCAUGGAUAACAAAACGAGUAACAGAAAUCCUUGGAUUUGAAGAUGAUGUAGUAAUUGAAUUUAUAUUCAACCAGUUGGAAGUGAAGAAUCCAGAUUCCAAAAUGAUGCAAAUCAACCUGACUGGUUUUUUGAAUGGGAAAAAUGCUAGGGAGUUCAUGGGAGAACUGUGGCCACUGCUAUUAAGUGCACAAGAAAACAUUGCUGGUAUUCCAACUGCAUUUCUGGAACUGAAGAAAGAAGAAAUAAAACAGCGACAGAUAGAGCAAGAGAAACUGGCUUCUAUGAAGAAACAAGAUGAAGACAAGGAGAAGAGAGAUAAGGAAGACAAAGACAACAGAGAAAAAAGAGACAGAUCCAGGAGUCCAAGAAGACGCAAAUCAAGGUCUCCUUCCCCUCGAAGGAGGUCAUCACCUGUCAGAAGAGAGCGGAAACGCAGCCAUUCUCGCUCCCCUCAUCACAGAACCAAGAGCCGUAGUGCUACUCCUGCACCAGAAAAGAAAGAGGCGACUCCUGAGCCAGAACCCUCUGUGAAACCAAAGGAGACUGUUGUUCAAGAGGCAACUUCAAACAGUGAUGUCCCAAAAGCUCCUAAACCUGAACCUCCUGUACCAGAGACUAAGGAAACUUCACCAGAACGUAACUCAAAGAAGGAGAGAGAGAAGGAAAAAGAGAAGACUCGUCAAAGGUCCCCAACUCGGUCCAAGUCAAGGUCAAGAUCUCGAUCACGUUCUCCAUCUCAUUCUCGACCAAGAAGGCGUCAUAGAUCACGGUCAAGGUCUUACUCCCCUAGAAGGCGACCAAGCCCAAGACGACGGCCAUCUCCAAGGAGAAGGAGCCCUCCAAGGCGAAUGCCUCCCCCACCCAGACACAGAAGAAGCAGAUCCCCUGUGAGGCGGAGAAGACGGUCAUCAGCAUCCUUAUCUGGCAGUAGCUCUUCUUCCUCCUCCUCGCGUUCCCGAUCACCACCAAAGAAACCACCUAAAAGAACUGUAUCCAGUCCUCCUCGUAAAACGCGUAGGCUCUCUCCUUCCGCAAGCCCUCCUAGGCGGAGGCACAGGCCAUCCCCACCAGCAAGUCCACCUCCAAAACCACGCAGGUCUCCAACACCCCAGCAGUCAAAUCGUGCAAGAAAAAGCCGUGGCUCUGUUUCGCCUAGCAGAGCAUCAGCACCCAAACAUAAGAGUACUGAAAAAAGAGAAUCUCCUUCGCCAGCACCAAAACCAAGGAAAGCAGAACUGUCUGAAUCAGAAGAAGAUAAAGGAGGUAAAAUGGCUGCAGCAGACUCUGUUCAACAGAGGCGUCAGUACAGAAGGCAAAAUCAACAGUCUUCAUCUGAUUCUGGUUCUUCAUCUUCAUCUGAAGAGGAAAGACCUAAAAGAUCCAAUGUGAAGAAUGGGGAAGUUGGUAGACGCCGACGCCAUUCACAUUCACGCAGUCCUUCACCGUCUCCACGAAAACGACAGAAGGAAUCCUCCCCUCGUAGGAGGAGGAGAAGUCCGUCACCCCCACCAGCCAGGCGGCGACGCUCUCCUUCACCUGCCCCUCCUCCUAGGCGGCGGCGGUCACCUUCAUUACCUCGUCGAAGGUCUCCAUCACCACCCCCACGCAGACGCUCACCUUCUCCACGGAGAUACUCUCCGCCGAUACAGAGACGAUAUUCUCCUUCUCCACCACCUAAGAGAAGAACGGCUUCUCCUCCUCCCCCGCCUAAACGAAGGGCAUCGCCUUCUCCACAGUCGAAACGCAGAGUCUCCCAUUCACCACCGCCAAAACAAAGGAGCUCGCCAACUGCUAAAAGGCGUUCACCUUCGAUAUCUUCCAAGCACAGGAAGGGAUCUCCUCCCAGUAGGUCCAAUCGGGAAACACGUUCUCCACCACAGAACAAAAGGCAUUCACCUUCACCACGGCCUAGAGCUUCUCAUACCUCUGCAAGCCCACCACCACCGCGAAGGGGAGCUUCAGCUUCACCCCAGAGAAGACAGUCUCCAUCUCCAAGCACUAGACCCAUCAGGAGGGUGUCAAGAACGCCAGAACCUAAGAAGACAAAGGCUUCCACGCCAAGUCCACGAUCUGCGAGACGGGUGUCUUCAUCACGGUCUGCAUCAGGAUCACCCGAGCCAGCGCCGAAAAAACAUCAAGGACCUCCAUCUCCUACUCGGUCUCGUUCUCCUUCUGCAAACUGGUCACCUGCAAAAAAGGCUAAAAGCCCAACUCAGAGCCCAUCACCUGCAAGGAAUUCAGAUCAAGAAGGGGGUGGAAAGAAGAAGAAGAAAAAGAAGGAUAAGAAGCAUAAAAAGGAUAAAAAGCACAAGAAACACAAAAAACAUAAGAAGGAGAAGGCUGCAGCGGCUGCAGCAGCUGCUGCUGUGGCUGUGGCAGAUAUCACCUCAGCACAGGAAGACCAGGAAGCAGAGACAGAACCCAAAAAGGAGACCGAAAGCGAACCAGAAGACAACCUUGAUGAUCUAGAAAAACACCUGCGAGAGAAGGCACUGAGGUCAAUGAGGAAGGCGCAAGUGUCACCACCAUCCUAGGCUGAAUCCUUUGAUAUAAUGUACAUUUUAUUUGGUUUGUACUCAGAAUUCAAUUUCAAAUUGCUAAAUGUGUUUGAGCUUUAGAAUAUAACAUUUGUUGUAAUAAUUGCUAGGUUGAGGUUCACCAUGUACAAAGGGCAUGGAUUUACAUUACAAAAGGUGUCCACAGUGUACUAGUGACAUUCUUUCAUUGACAGUCAACAUAAUUUCAUUUAGAGUGAGACUUUUUAGAAGCAGUAGGAAUUUGUUUUGAAGGUUUUAAACAUGACCGUCAGUUCCCUAGUUUCUUUGAAAUUCACAAAGCCUUUCGCAUAAUUUGUGAGGGUCUCAUUUGACUUCUUUUCUAUCCACUUACAUUACGCUACUAACCUUUGUGGUUUGUAAGCUUGCCCAGAAGUAAAACCACUGCAGAAUUACCAAGGAAGUACCUAGAUUUUAAUGCUUUCUACUGUUGCCUGUAUAGUCUCCAUUAAAGCGAACCAAGAAUAGCAAUUUAGAAUGGUACAUAAAUGAAAGCAUGUUGUUUACCAGGACACUGUGGGUUUAUAUUGAUGUAACAUGUUGAUUUGGAACACUGGAAUUUCAUUUGUAUUUUUAUGUUCUUUUUUUAAAGGGCAGUUUCCAUGAUCAGCAGUCCCAGAAAAAAAUUCCUUCAGUUACAUAAAUUUUGUUUGUGAGAUGUCGUUGCCCCAUUCAUAAAUCUUGUCUCGUUACGGUUCUUCUGAAUGGUAUAAGCAACUUUCAGAGAUGUGGUCUUUGAAAGUCUGAGGAACCUGAACUUUGGAUAUUGUCAUGUUUUCACUGUUUUUUGUUUUUGUUUUUUUAACUAAAGCUAUAUAAAGCUUGUGGAUUAAACAAAAUAAAUUUCUAAAUUUAAACAGA